CAGGUCAACUACUGGCUGGGCGGGCUGAUUGAGGUCAAGUCCAACGACCUGUACCGCAUGAAAGGGGUGCUGGCCAUCAAAGACUUCGACAAGCGCUUUGGGGUGCACAUGCUGUUUGAGGGGAUGCCCGACCGGCCGUGGAAGGAGGGUGAGCUGCGCGUCAGCAAGAUGGUGUUCAUCGGCAAGGACCUGGACCGGGCGCUGAUCGAGGAAGGAUUCCGGGAGUGCAUCGUCAAAGAGUAG